ACCGACACCACUGACAACACUUCACACGGAGAGGAGAUGGACAAUAUCACUUUAAACAAACCGAGCAUUGAGCGCGUUUUCAGGGGCACGUUUGUGCACUCGACCCCGACCUGCGCGCUCCACAUCUUAGAAGAUGCGCUCUUAGGAGUGGACACCGAGGGGAAGAUUGCUUUCAUAGAAAAAGGCGAGGACCUGGACAGACUGGCUGCAGACUUCAACACGUCUAAUGUCAUCCAACUCUCCCAACAUGAAUUCUUUAUGCCAGGACUGGUGGACACUCAUAUCCAUGCAUCACAGUAUAGCUAUGCGGGUACAGCUCUGGACCUGCCACUGCUGCAGUGGCUGAACACAUACACGUUUCCAGUGGAAUCACAGUUCAAAGACUUAGACUUUGCUCGCAAGGUCUAUAAACAAGUAGUGAAAAGAACCCUGAGAAAUGGAACAACUACUGCAUGUUACUUUGCCACAAUACAUACCGAUGCCUCGCUCCUGCUGGGGGAGAUUGCUAAUGCAUUUGGUCAAAGAUCAUUGGUGGGUAAAGUGUGUAUGGACAGAAACAAUUCUGUCAAACAAUACAAGGAAACACUUCAGGAGUCUCAGGAGGAAACCUCGCGGUUUAUUGCUGAACUCUUGAACAAAAAGUACCCUCUAGUGAAACCAGUUGUUACCCCACGGUUCGCUCCAUCUUGUACAGGAGCAUUACUUGGACAGCUGGGAGCUAUUGCCAAGAAUAAUAACCUGCACAUCCAGAGCCACAUUAGUGAAAACCCAGAAGAAGUGAUGCUGGUAAAGGAAUUGUUUCCUGAAACUGAAUCCUACAGUGAUGUUUACUACAAAUAUAACUUGCUUACUGACAAGACAAUAAUGGCCCAUGGCUGUUACCUAAGUGACAAGGAGCUGACCUUAUUUAGAGAAACAGGAGCAUCUCUGUCUCACUGUCCAAACUCCAACAUCUCUUUGUGUAGUGGUAUAUUGAAUGUACGGAACGUUCUGAAGCACAAUGUCAAGCUGGGGCUCGGAACAGAUGUGGCAGGUGGAUAUUCUGCCUCUUUACUGGAUGCUAUGAGGAGAGCACAGGACUCAUCCAAAGUCUUGGCCAUGCAAGACCCAGACCUGGAGCCCCUAACAUUUGAGGAGGCCUUCAGAUUGGCAACUCUUGGUGGCAGCCAAGCAUUGUCACUAGAUGAUCAAACAGGGAACUUUGAAGUUGGCAAAGACUUUGAUGCUCUGAGGGUGAAUUUGCUUGUGCCAGGUGGACCUAUUGAUCUGAUCCAGCACGAAAAGCCCAAGAUACUUGUAGAAAAGUUCCUGAAUUUGGGGGAUGAUCGCAACAUUGUGGAGGUCUUUGUGGCUGGCAGAAGAGUUGUCCCAUUCACAGAUUCAACACCAGAGUGACUAUAGUGAAAUGUGGCAAAUGUUUUCUAAAUGAUCAUGUGCUAUGCUAAGAAUAGUUUUCUCUUUCUGUUACACGCUGCCUUAAUUUCUGUUGUAACCUGUGACUAACUUGCACAAUAUUAUUAUUUAAGGUAAAUGCAUAAUGAGAGACCAUUAGUACAGUGCUAAUCAAAACUGAAGUAUCUGUAGAUGACAGUGCACAAUACACUGUUUAUCACUGCAGCUAUACCACUUUGCUCGGUUCACUCCACUCAAGAAUCAAAUUUCAUGAAGCACUGUCUCCAUCAUUUUCAUUUAUAAUAAUGCAUGCUUAUAAUUUUAUUUUUGUAUUGGCAAUAAUAACUUAGUGUUUAAGUGCUAUUUAAACAAAGGGAGGAUAGUUAGUCGUUAUUGUAUUUGUUUUAACCCUUAUUAAAAUGUGAGAUUAUGUCAUUUGUUUUAAGUGUGUGUAGAAAAUAUCAGAGCUAAUCUAAAUGAAAAACAUUUGAUUGACACUAAACAUUUGGGUUUGUCAUGUGUAAGAGGAAUGACAGAGCUCACUGACACCACUCAGCUUUAUAUAGAAUAGCAAUUGAGAAAAAGUCACUGGCAC